UAAAAACUGUUCAUUCAAUUAGCAUCAUCUAUUAUAUAUUAUAUCGAUCCACCAAUUACGAAUGCUUGUUCGAUUAUGUAACUGCGUGUGUACGAUAGCUGACCUAACCUAAGAUGUCUUUCUUAUAUACAGUAAUACAGUACGGAAAGUCUGAGAAACUGCUCCAUGUGAAUCAUUGGAGCCGAUCGUUGUAUUUGUUUCGUUUUGAUAUUAAUACGUUUGAUAAAAAUAAAUUAAAAUGGUUGAGGAACAAAGGAGACGAGUCGAAGAGUAUAUGAAUAAUAUGGUGGAAGAAAUUGAUAAGUCGUACCUGAGAAAAAUGCAGGGUGACAUGCAUAGAUGUGCCGCAACUUGUUGCGAUAACGAGGUUUACAGCGUGCAAAAAGUACAUAAUUGUAUAGAAAAUUGUAGUACUUCUUUGAAUAAAGCCCAACAGUAUAUUCAAAAGGAAUUUGAAAGAUCUCAGAAUCGAUUACAAAGAUGCAUAUUGGAUUGCAAUGAUAAAAUAAAAGAUAAAAUGGGACCAAAUCCGACGCAGAAGGAAGUAGACAGGUACAGUGAAGAUUUUGAGAAAUGUGCCACAAAAUGUGUAGAUAAUUAUUGUGAAAUAUUACCUAGUUUAGAGAAAACAAUGAAAAAAGUUUUAUCUAAUAAAUCGUAUGAAUAAUUACGCAAA